CUUCAUCAAUUGACAUUUUUGGCAACGCAUCAUAAUGGCUGCCAUCGAAAUAUUUUCGAGUUCUAUUGAUUAUAAAUAUAAAAGUAAAAUAUGUUCUUUAAGCUUUUUCAUUGUAUUAUUACUCAUAAUUUUAUCAUUGAUUACACCAUUUUUUAUUAUUUAUAAUACAGGAGGUUUCUUAUUGAAGAAUCGUGUACUCAUGGAAAAACCUGAUGUGUUUUUUAAUUAUAAAUAUUUAUUAUUAGCAAAUAAAGAUUUUAACACAAAUCCUAUAAUCUGUUCAAGUUUUAAAAUGUACAAGGAUAAUAAAAUUGAAGAUAAUUGUACAUUAAUAAAGGUUCGAGAAAUAGAUACAAAUAUUGAUGGUAAAAACGAUAUUUUAAAAUUUGAGGCUCAUUUUUAUACAAAUAAACCUAUAAAGUCUCUUAAACUUUUACUUUUCUUUAAUUUUCAAUUAAAGCAAUUGUUUGAUGCAACAAUAGAAUCUAUUGCAUUCUUUACUCAUGUAUUAAAUGAAGAAGUUCAAAAAAUACAGUUUUAUGGAGAUUUGGUAUUGCAACAAAAAGGUCUUCUUACUAGUGAAGGCUUAUAUGAAGUAUAUAAUCAUAGUUUGGAAAUUGCUGAUUAUUCUUUGAAUGAAGUACUUAUGCAAAAUUUUAACAAAAAAUGUUAGUAGCAUUUUUCGUGUGUCAAUACUGCAAAAAUCAUGUCCACAAGAUCGAAAGAGAAAGUGGUGGCUGCUUUCCGAAAAUUUUUUCGAUCUUCAGAGAAGAUUUCGGAACAAGAUGGAGCAAGUAGUUCGACGAGUUCACCAUCGAGAAGACUUUUAAGUCGGCAUCGUCCGGAUGCAGUCACUCCCACUGAUGGUGCAUUGUCGGAUAAUCCGGGUGUUAGCAAUUCCAAUCAUGGCAGUUGUUUCUUCAAAUCAAAAAAAACCACUAAUAAUUCUACGCAGGGAACCAUGGCGAUGCCGGAUAAAAGAGUACGUUUACGUCGUUUAAUGAAGGAACUUAGUGAGAUUCAAAGAAUGCAGCAUCGACUCGAAUCGACUUUCACUGCAGAAUUGGUAAAUGACAAUUUAUUCGAAUGGCAUGUGAGACUACACAAGAUUGAUCCGGAAAGUGAACUGGCUGCAGAUAUGAGAGAGCUCAAUAUACCUUAUAUACUUCUCCACGUGGUAUUUCCGGAGAAUUUUCCGUUUGCGCCACCUUUUAUGCGUGUUAUUUCGCCAAGAAUUGAAAAAGGAUUCGUGAUGGAAGGAGGUGCAAUUUGUAUGGAACUUCUUACACCUAGAGGCUGGGCUAGUGCAUAUACUAUUGAAGCUGUAAUCACACAAUUUGCAGCUAGUAUUGUUAAAGGCCAGGGUCGUGUAGCGAGAAAACCAAAAACGAACAAAGAAUUUAACAGACGUUCCGCAGAAGAAUCUUUCAGAAGUUUAGUAAAAACGCACGAGAAAUAUGGUUGGGUUACACCGCCGCUUGCAGAAGGUUGAUCUACAGAUCAUUUGAAAAAUAAAAGACUUCGUUGUAUUUAAAAAAAGUAUACAUAUAUAGGUUAUAAAUGUGACUUUCGAGUCGGUAUCAUUAUAUUCUUUUUCCGUUUGGUAAUAAUAAUAAUAUAAUUAUACUAUAAUAACAUUAAAUAAUGCCUUUAUAAAUGCAAUAUUUGGGAAAGGAAUAAUGGACGAUAGUAAAAUAUUUAAGAAAUUUUUAAAAUUUUUGACUUGGUUGAAAUGAUGAAGUUCGCUUAUAAAAACUUAUUUUUCAA